AUGUCAAGAGUAAGAAAUACAUUAGUUCUUGGUAGAGUAAUUGGAGAUGUUUUGGAUUCAUUUACCAGGUCUGUUAGCCUAAGAGUGUUUUACAACAGUAGAGAAGUUAUUAAUGGCUCUGACUUUAGGCCUUCUUAUGUUACCCACCAGCCUAGGGUUGAGAUUGGAGGGGUUGAUCUUGGCACCUUUUACACUCGGGUUAUGGUGGAUCCUGACGCUCCAACCCCGAGCGACCCAAACUUGAGAGAGUAUCUACACUGGUUGGUAACUGAUAUUCCAGCAACUACAGGAGUAAGUUUUGGAAAUGAAGCGGUAUCCUAUGAGAGCCCAAGGCCUACAAUGGGAAUACAUCGAAUUGUUUUCGUGCUAUUUCUGCAAUUGCAUCCAGAGAAUAAUGUCUAUGCUCCUCAAAGUCGUCAGAAUUUCAACACAAGAGAUUUUGCAGAGCUUUAUGGAGUUGGAUUACCUGUUGCUGCAGUUUACUUUAAUGACCAAAGGGAAAAUGGCACUGGUGGCCGUCGACUAUAA